UACCAUCAGAAGUGGGUGACACAAUCGAUGUAGACAUUCCGUGUGAUGAAACUCCGGAGGAACAUGAAAGACGGAUGGUUGCCACAAAAGAGGAACUGGACAAGGUUGAGUCCGAGAUAAAUAUGCUUCGACAAGUCCUGUUCAGCAAAAUAGGACGUGCAGCCGAACUGAAGCGGCAGUUGGGUAUCACACCAUUCCAGGAAUUUAAGCAGGACCUGCAGCAGGGCCUUCAGCAGUUCAAGAGCUCUGACCCAUACCAAAAGACCAAUGAAACAUUGCACCAGUUGAAUGAAAAGAUUUCUCAGACACAGGCAUACCAAAAGACCAAUGAAACUUUGCACCAGUUGAAUGAAAAGAUUUCUCAGACGCAGGCUUACCAGAAGACGACAGCUGUUGUCAAGACCGCAUCAGAAAAAACCACUAGUGCUAUUAGCACCGUCAGCCACGCUGUGGUAAAGAAGAUGGGAGACAUUAGAAAUUCACAGACCUUCAAGUCCUUUGAUGAGAAAAUGCAUUCCACAUAUGCAAAUGUGAAGGCCAAAGUGACUGGCAGCCGAUCUUCAGGUGAAAUUGACGAAGCUUUCCGGGAUGCACAUCCUACCGAGGAAGGAGCUGUCUCUACCCCCGAGGCAGCCGAAGAUGCUUCCAAGAUUAAACUUCCUGAGGAGAAGGUUCCUCUUUGA